AUUCUCCUCUCCUUCUCUUUCCUCUUUCCGUUAAAUUUCGCUCUCCAUACAUUUUCCCCUUCCUAUUUUCUUUAGGGUUUGUUUUAGGCAACUUCCGCGCGCGUUCCCGGAGGUGACGACCGCCCUUUCUCUCCCCCUUACCUCCCACCCCCCGCCGCUCAUUAUUCUCGUUCAUAUAUCAUAUAUACGUACCCUCAGCUUCCUGUUUUCCGAUUUCAAUUCCAGAUUCUUAUCCUGCCUUUUCAGCUUCCAGCAUCUGGAAAUUUCCGUCGUCAAUUAGAGAUUAGGUUCAUUUAGCUCAAACUCUGGAGCUGUAUUACCAUCCUCUUGAAGAAUUAAUCGUUAUGCAAAGCAUGUUUUAACCUGCCAUAGAUGCAUUGUAGCCUUGGAGAUGAGAAGUUUUCAGGAAGCUUUCGAUUGAUGGACUUGUCUCCACACAGCACUGAUAAGAAGACAUUGAAGAGGUGGUUUUUCAUAGAUAAAAGAGUUGGGUAAAGGGAUUUGCAAAUUUUAAGGUUGAUAAAGCUGCUGCUGCUGCUAAUAACACGGUCUUAGUUCAAUUUAUUACAAUUCCUCUGAAUUAACUGAUCUGAAGCUGAUGGAGUUGAAGUCUAGUCAUGCAUCUCCAGUUCUCAAUUCACUGAACAAGCCAAGGCUACCUGCCAAGUAUGUCACAAUUCCAAGAAAGAAGCCUGGAAAACUAGAUGAUGUUCUCUCCAACGGUUGGCUGGAUGCUAUGAGAUCAUCAUCACCCCCUUGCAAGAAGUUUAUUAUGGACGCUAAUGUUGAGGUCCCUCCAGAUGACAGCGAUAAUGCUUACUCCUCCUGGAUGCUUAAGUAUCCAUCUGCACUAAAAUCUUUUGAUCAUAUCAUCAAAAAUGCAAAGAACAAGAAGAUAGCUAUUUUUCUAGAUUACGAUGGCACCCUUUCUCCUAUAGUAGAUGAUCCAGAUCGUGCAUUUAUGUCUAGUGCUAUGCGUUCUGCCGUAAGAAAUGUUGCCAAGUACUUCCCUACAGCAAUUAUCAGUGGUAGAAGCCGUGAUAAGGUUUAUGAAUUGGUAGGACUAACAGAACUCUCUUAUGCUGGAAGUCAUGGGAUGGACAUCCUCAGUCCUGUGAGCGAUUUGGCAUCUGAUGACCACCCAAAUUGUAUUAAAUCUACUGACCAUCAGGGGAAGGUUGUAAAUCUUUUCCAGCCUGCUAGAGAGUUCAUACCUAUGAUUGACGAGGUUUUUAGAACCCUUGUCGAGAAUACUAACGGAAUCAAAGGUGCAAAAGUUGAGAACCACAAGUUUUGUGCCUCUGUUCAUUACCGUAAUGUAGAUGACAAGAGCUGGCCUACUAUUGCACAACGUGUUCAUGAUAUUCUAAAAGACUACCCUCGUCUGCGACAAACUCAUGGCCGGAAGGUUUUAGAGAUCCGUCCUGUGAUUGAUUGGAACAAGGGAAAGGCAGUUCAAUUUUUGCUUGAAUCCCUUGGCCUAAGUGACAGAGAUGAUGUGCUUCCAAUCUAUAUUGGAGAUGACAAGACUGAUGAGGAUGCAUUCAAGGUGUUGCGAGAAGGAAAUCGAGGUUAUGGAAUUUUGGUGUCUUCAGUUCCGAAGGAGAGCAAUGCAUUUUACUCUUUAAGAGGCACUUCAGAGGUGAAGAAAUUUCUCAAGACAUUGGUGAAAUGGAAGACGCAGCUUGAAGUUGCUGAUAGAGGCAGCAAAUAAUUCACAUCUCCAAUCUGAGCUGCAGUUUUAAUGUUUUAAAUAAUUGUUGAUAGAAUUAUAUUUUUCAUUUUUUUCUUUGGAUUUUGUAAAGCAUUUUUCCCUGGCUGCAGGGCAGCUCAGGAUGCAUUAUUGACUAUUCAAUUUUAUAUCCCGUCAAUGGAAUGAAAUUAUUCAAUUUAUUUAGGUUUAACUUCCUAGAAGUGCUCUAACUCUUUCUUUGAGAUCAUUAAUCCCUUAACAUACACUUGAUGUGUUUUAGCCCAUAAAUUUCAUGUGAUUAUUGUAAUUAAUCCAAAAUAUUAGGAAUCUCAUCAUGCAAGUCAAGUGGUUACCCUUACUCCAUUUCACACUAUCAUCAUCAAUACCAUACUGGUGGAAAUAUGAUUUACUUAGACUCGUAUAAAUGAAAAAUUUUACU